GCAUGGCAUGGUUACAGUAUAGCAUGGUGGUCUCCCUAGUUUGCAGCCGCUGUGUAUAAUACAGAUCUUUUCAUUCUCGGGUAACAUAAGCGCCUUUCAAGCACAUGCUUUCAUUUGAAGUAUAAAGAAGUCUGGAAGUGUCUACUAAGUAAGGAAAUGGCCACUCUGGCCGCAUUGCUGAAAAGUUUCCGAGCUUUCGGUCGUUUGGAGCCGGCGUUGUCUCGUUCUGUUCGACUUCGACCGCUGGAUACCACGAAGAGUUUGGAAGAAAAGAUCAAAGCUCUAAAUGCAAAAGAUCCAGUAUUUGAAGAACGUGUAAACAUUGGUUUCAAGUUCACACCACAGAGCAUUAGUAGACAAGAAUGGAAAAAGCAGCAAAAAGUGCUUCAGGAAAACAAGAACAAUUAUGAGAUGGCUGAAAGAUCACGUAAUGCAACUUUGAAGGUACAGUAUGAAGAAGCCAGGCAAGAGUGGAAAAGGACGCAUGCACCAAAACAUGUGAAGGAGAUUGCAGACCACUAUGGUGUCUUCAGGGACCUCUAUGAGUUUGGAUUUUUUCAUCCUGUCAUUCCCAUGGAUAUUUUAUAUGAGCAGAAUGCAGAGUACUUCAGUCCUGUGUACUAUGGCAACAUCAUCCUUCCGUCUGAGGCUGUAAAGGCUCCUAAAGUGUUGUUUGAUUCUGAGCCUGACAUGCUUUGGACUUUAGUCUUGACAAGCUUGGAUUCUCAUUUACUAGAGAAUGACAAAGAAUAUCUGCACUGGUUUAUCGGCAACAUCAAAGGAAACCAGGUAACAGCCGGUGAUGUAGUAUGCGACUACCUGCAGCCGUUUCUUCCUCGUGGUACUGGCUACCAUCGAUUUGUAUUUGUCCUGUACAAGCAAGAAAAGUUGAUUGACUACUCUAAAUGGAAAGUGCUUGCAAAUAGUACAAGCCUAAGGGAAAGGACAUUUAAAACAUAUGACUUCUACAAGGAGUUCGAAAGCAUGCUGACACCUGCUGGACUAGCAUUCUUUCAGUGCACUUGGGAAGACAGCCUGGUGGAUUUUUUUCACAAAACUUUGAAGAUGCGGGUGCCCACAUUUGAAUAUGUUCACCCUCCAGAAUAUGUCCCAAAGCAAGUCAUGUACCCUCACAGGGAGCCUUUUAAUAUAUAUCUUGACAAAUACCGAGACCCUAGGGAAAUUCGGGAAGAAGUUUACCUGAAGCGUCUGAAGUCACUUAAUCCUCUGGAGGAUGAGCCACCUAUGCCAAAGUACCCAAACAUCUACAAGAUCCCGAAAGGCACACCUAGCUGGCUGGUUGACGAAAUGAGAAAAGAGCGAUUUCGCAUUGGAAAAUACAAAGACCUGCGGCCCUUUAGUAUUUACCCAGAAGAAGAGUAUGAGGAUCCCAAGGUGAAAGCUUGGAGAGAGCAGGAAGAGUUUGAGCGCAAGUGGGCUGCGACACAAGCUGCCAAGACACCAUCUGCGUGAUUGUUUCUGCCACCUACAUGGGUCGAUGCUUCAUU